AAGCUGACAAAAAACUUUGAAAAGGGAAAGUUACAAACUAUAAUGUUGUUACACUGGAAUUUAAAUGACCUGGUUGAAGAGGUUGAUGGCAAUUUUGCGAUGAUCAUCCUCGUUGGACUCGUUUGCACAGUCAUGGAAGUGAUUUUGCUUUUAUUCUAUUUUAUUGAAACCACCUCAAGAGGUAAUGUGGUCAUCAGAAAUAUAAUCCAGGAUAUCGUUCUCUUGACAAGAAUAGUUCUGCUUUGCAAAGCAGGGUCUGAUAUUGUUCAACAGCAUAAUGAGACACUUGUGCAGCUAGAAAGACUUAAUAGGAAAAGAGCAAAACUUUUAAAUGGAUCGGAGCAGUCGCUUGUUUGUCUAUUCUGCGCAAGACUGAGAAAUAGAAUAUCUACUAUAUCCUGUGGCGGCUAUAUUGAUAUUAAUCUUCGUUUUAUCACCACGAUUGUUGGUUUUGUUUUAAUGUACUGGAUUGUGUUGAUUCAACUAAACGAUGAGCAUCAGAAGAAGCAAAAGUCAUAAAAACACUUUAUGCGCACUACACAAAAGUUGUGAGGAUGGAAAUCAAUGGUUCAAUUGACUUGUUUCGGAGGAUUUACGAAAAAGUACUCACCAUCGAACUGAUACUGGAUGAUGUUGUUGAAUAUUUCGAGAAGGAAAAAUACCAGAUGAUGAUUCGUUGGAGACGAAAAUAGGAACCAUGGAGUGCUGAAGGCUUCAAGGAGGUGCAGCAGUUUUGUACUGGCUACCAUAGACAGCGUUUUCAGAUAAGGAGAAACUAAAAUUUCAGAAAGCAGAAGUUCAUUAUAGAAAUAAGCUAGAAAGCUAGAGAAUAAGAUAGAAAGCUACCUAGAAAAAAUGGUAUCUUCAAACUGUGGAUCUCGAGAAUAAAAACAAAAUUAUUUUGGUUGUCCAUGUUUUAA